UGGGAUUCACAGAGAGGGUACUUACCAAACUGUCAAAUUGUGACACUAUGAAUAGUGAGGGGUAUCACAGAAGCAUGGAUGAGAGUUCAAGUGUGUCACUGAAACACAUAGUGAAAUCCUUCAUGUAAGAUUGAACUGCCUUGGACUGAAUACAAAACAAUGCAAAAAAAAUAAGUGCAACUUAGCUGAUCUGUACUUGAAUUGGCAAGGGGUGAAAUGGAAAAAGGAGACAGAAGGGCAGUGAGUCAGAAUUAAAUAGGGAGAGAAGGGAAGAGGGAACUGAUGGAGAUGGCACAGUGAGAAAUAAGGCAACAAGGAUUUGAGGUGGGAUAAGAGAAGAGAGGACAAAAGAAAACAGACACAGGAAGAGAAAAGGACUCAGAGGAGAACAGAUAAAGAGGAAAAGCAGGUGGAGAUGGAGGUAGAGCCAAAAAACAAAAGGCAUUUUAAUAGCCCAUGCAGAGACCUCUGCAGAUCAGGCCAGGCAAUAAGCAAAAGUGAAGGCUGGCUGGCUGACUUCCUCCGUUACCCAUCCUGAACAUUUGGGAGACUAUCACACAUCUGCUACCAGCUUUGCUGGGGUGAGGGGUCAGUUCAUAGCCGAGCAGGGGGAGAUUAGAGGUAAAGGCUGGGCGGCAGGGCAGCAGGGCACCUGCUCUCUGGGACUCUGUGGAUGGCAUGGUGCUGCCUCUCCCAGAUCUACUAUCAGAGAGAGAGGCAGAGCUCAGAUCCUGCGGCUCCAGGCCCAGGCCCCUGCAGCCAGGCUCCAGGAGAAUCCCCUCAGCUGGGACGAGUACAGGGCCUAUGUCCCACAGCUGACCAGCUAUGGCCCCACCGCCAGAGGACAGCGCGAGCGGACACAGGGGCGGGAUCCUGGCAAGCCAUGUGGAACAAUAUCACUUCAUGCACACUCUGGAGACUCUCUCCUAGCUUCAUGGCUUCAAGAAUCCAAACCUUAACUCCUUUAUUCAUAAGAAAUUAUAAGGACUUCUGCAAAAACAAACAUACAAUAUGGACACUACGAAAUAGUCUCUGCCAGGUUAUGAAAAAGACUGUCCCCACAUUGAAAUGUAAUACGAUUCCCCAUCGUUUUUUAAGUAACAAAGCAAGAUACGGACAGUACACAAAAACCUUCCCUGUUUUAGAUGGAAGUAUCCCUUCUGUAUGUGAACAUGUGUUUGAAGAAAACUUAAGGAAUAGUGAGGCUUGUAUUCAAAGAUAUUCAGAGUUGCUUUGCAAGGUCAGUAAAGGAGGUGGAGAGAAUGCAAUCUUGCGUCAUACCCAAAGGAACAAGAAGUUGCUUGUUCGUGAACGCCUAAGAAUGCUUCUCGAUGAUGAAACUUUUCUUGAGCUGUCCCCUUUUGCAGGGUUUGAUUUGCCAUAUGGUGAUGUUCCUGCAGCUGGAUGCCUCACUGGAGUUGGAAAGAUCUGUGGAGUCUGGUGUGUCUUUAUGGCAAAUGACGCAACAGUUAAAGGCGGGACCAUUUAUCCCAUUUCAGUGAAGAAACAGCUAAGAGCUCAACAAAUAGCAGUUCAAAACAGACUUUUAUCGGUAUAUCUAGUUGACAGCGGGGGAGCAUUCCUACCACUACAGGCAGAACUCUUUCCUGACCAGUCUCAUGGUGGCCGAGUAUUCUACAAUGAGGCAAUAAUGUCUGCUAUGAAAAUCCCUCAGGUGGCGGUGGUGUGUGGUUCUUGUACAGCUGGGGGUGCCUACGUUCCCACCAGGGCACAGGAAACUGUGAUUGAAGACAAAAUUGGUAGUAUGUUUCUUGCUGGCCCCCCUUUGGUUAAAGCAGCCACAGGAGAAGAUAUCUCUCCUGAGGACCUAGGAGGAGCCAGUAUGCACUCUAAAGUCAGUGGCUGUGUUGACCAUUUUGCAUCUUCAGAAAAGGAAGCAUAUGAAUGUGUUAGAAAUAUUAUCUUGACGCUAAAUUAUGAACUUCCACCAGAGGAAACUUUAGAGUAUGAUGAUCCUCUGUACAGUGCUGAAGAGCUUCUGGGGCUUGCACCACGAGGUUAUAGCUAUACUCUACAUAUAAAACCGAUUUUGAGCCGUCUGAUAGAUGGAAGCAGGUUCCAAGAAUUCAAAGCUGAAUAUGGAACAACAUUAGUAACAGGAUUUGCCCAUAUGGAAGGACACCUUGUUGGGAUAGUGGCUAACAAUGGUGAGCUGACUCAUGAUGCUUCUCUAAAGGGCAGCCACUUUGUACAGCUGUGUAGUCAGCGAAGCAUUCCCAUCCUGUUUCUCCAGAAUACUGCUCCACAUGCACCAGAGCCAACAAGUCUCUCACAGGCAGAGGAUCACACCAAUAGAUUAAAGGCACAGGCCUCUAUGAUGGCUGCAGUUGCUUGUGCUGCUGUGCCCAAGAUAACCCUUGUAAUUGGUGGCUGUUACGGGAAUGAAAGUUAUGCCAUGUGUGGGAGGUCAUUUGAUCCAAACUUCCUGUUCCUGUGGCCUAAUGCAAGAGUUGCCCUUGUGGAUUCAAAACAUAUUUCCACAUUCCCACAAGCUAGAGAUGACGACUGCACAGGAGAUGACUCAGAGUUAAUGCAUCUAAAAGAAAAGCUAGAGGAAGAAAGCAGUGCAUUUCACUCCUCUGCUCGACUCUGGGAUGAUGGCAUAAUACUGCCACAGAAUUCUAGGAAGGUGAUUGCACAGUGCUUAACGAUUAUGAAACAGCAGAAGUACCAGAUCGCAUCUCUGCAACACAACCCUGUUAUCAGACUGUAAUCAAACUACCAUUUGCAAAUAAUUGGAUUUUUAAGAAUGCCAACAUACAAUUUUUUUAAAUGGAAGUGAUUUUCUAACAGUUUGAUACCUUUAGUAUAACUUGAAUUAGUACUAGAAACUGUCAAUAUACGAAAAGGAAGCUCAGAUUUCAGGCUGUUUGGAUUAGGUUUGUAUUUUGAUCCCUCUUGCGCUAGCAAAUUUGAAAAUUAUAUUGUAUGAAAAGAAAAAAGAAAAUGCAAUUAAUAAACUUUUGGAUUUUGACACUU